AGACUUAUUUUAUAUUAAAAAACAAAUUACAAAUACUUAAAGAAUAAAAUUCAGUUUUUAGAGUUAAAUAGAAGUGUGUAAAAUGCGAAGCGAGGCACCACAGUUUAAAAGAUGUUGUUUUUGUGUUCCUUUAAGGAGAGGGUUGAUCGGGUGGGGAUAUUGCAAGCUGGUCCUCAACGUGUUAACGUUCGCAUACGUAAUACUGAUAUGCUCUCUGAUUCGGCGCCACAGUUUUUUUAGUUUUAAAGACAUCGCAAUCUUUAUUGUCAUUUUUGCGAUCGUGAUAACAGACACUUGUUUUAAUAUUGUCUUCGUCGUCGCCGGCCAUCGGAAAAGCGUCAAGUUGCUACGAGUAUCAUAUAUCUACAACAUGGUGUCUCUGGGUCUAGUGAUUUUGGCUCAUUGUUUCAAAAUCUGCACAAACCUUUACUACAUCUAUUAUUUGUCGCAAUAUAUGGGAUUCUACACGUUCUUCCUAGUUGAUCUUAUGGUCAGCGCGGCUCUUGCGUUUGGUGUCAUUUUUGUACAAGUAUACGUGAUAUUACUGAUACGCAGCGAGAUGGUAAAAUUGCAGAACCAGUCGUUAGAAAUUCAGUUCUCUAAUCAUUUAGUUGGUGAGCCGCAGUGCACGCUUCACAAUACGUCAGAACAGUGCACGGAGAAGAAACAAGCAGUGCAGAACUGUUGCACGGAUAAGAAACAAGCAGUGCAGAACUGUUGCACGGAGGAGAAACAAUUUGUGCAAGAAUGUUGCACGGAUAAGAAUCAAUUUGGGGAAAACUGUUGCAUGGAUGAAAAAUAAGCUAAUUAAGAAUGUUACAAUAGGUAAUUACAUACAGGCAACAUG